CAGCCAGGUAGAGCGAGCUUGGGAGCCUCAUGCGCGCUGCUGUCGGGCUGGAGUGAGAGAGGCGAGGCUCCAUUCCGUGCGUCCUGCCGCUUUCGCGCCGAGGCGCGCCUUCCGCAUGGCUACGCGGGUGCUGAGCAUGAGCGCCCGCCUGGGGCCCGAGGAACCCGUCUUCGCGCAGCUCAAGCCCGUGCUGGGCGGCCGGGAAGCCGCGCAGUUCCCGGGGCAGGGUCCCGAGGAGCUCAAGCAGCAGCAACCGGGCGCAGGAGCCAGGAUCCCCAGCGAGGAGAUGGCGCAGGCCCGAUGUGAAAUGGAGAAAUACCUGACACCUCAGCUCCCUCCUGCCCCGGUUCUCCCUGAGCAUAAAAAGUACCGCCGAGAGAGUGCCUCCGUGGUCGAUCAGUUCUUCACCAACAGUGAAGGGGUGCCUUACAGCGUCAACAUGAACAUCUACCUUCCUGAUAUCACACAGCUGCGGACGGGCUUGUACAAAUCGCAGAGGCCCCCGGUGACCCACAUCAAGACGGAGCCCGUGACAGCCUUCAGCCACCAGAGUGAAACUGUUGCUCCUGUCCCCAACCCCACACAGGCGCUCCCUGAGUUCACGAGCAUCUUCAGCCCCCACCAGACACCCGACGUGAACAACCUCUUCAUCAAGCAGGAGCUUCCCACUCCAGAUAUCCACGUCUCCGUGCCCCAACAAGGCCAGCUGUAUCAGCUCCUGAGCUCUCCCGAUUUAGACAUGCCCAACCCGACUACGCAAGCUGCGGUGAUGGACUCCUUCAGCAACGUCUCCAUGUCCUCGGCCAUGGCGGGCCUUAACACCCUGUCCUCCGCUAUGCCGCAGGCGGCCAUGAAGCAGUUUCACGCCAUGCCCCCUUGCACAUACACCAUGCCAAACCAGUUUCUCCAGCAACAAGCCACUUACUUCCCGCCUUCCCCCCCAAGCUCGGAGCCUGGCAGCCCAGACAGGCAAGCGGAAAUGCUGCAGAAUUUGACCCCUCCUCCGUCUUACGCUGCUACGAUUGCCUCCAAGAUGGCGAUCCACAAUCCCAGUGUGCCUGCGAACAUCCCGAUGAAUUCGCCGGCCAUCCCAGCGCCCAGGUACAACAGGAGGAGUAACCCAGACUUGGAGAAGAGGCGUGUUCAUUACUGUGAUUAUCCUGGUUGCACUAAAGUGUAUACGAAAUCUUCCCACUUAAAAGCCCACCUGCGAACUCAUACUGGAGAGAAGCCAUACAAAUGCACAUGGGAAGGAUGCGACUGGAGAUUUGCUCGCUCCGACGAGUUGACCCGCCACUACAGAAAGCACACUGGGGCCAAACCUUUCCAGUGCGCCGUGUGCAGUCGCAGCUUUUCUCGGUCUGACCACUUGGCUCUGCACAUGAAGAGACAUCAGAACUAGGCUGGACUUGUCCAUGAGGCUCUUGGUAUCUAUGCAACUUCCUAGUGACUCGAUUAAAGUAUAUAUACGUUCAGUUAGAAUUAGCUUAAGUGUCUUGACUACAUACGAACUGCUCUCCAUUUUUAAAAGAGGAAAAAUUGUGAAAGAAACUGGAAGUGUAUAUUUUGUAUAUUUAUGAGGAAACAGGGAAGACACUGUGUCACAGUACUGAUGCUUUUACCAUGUUACGGCCACGUGACUUACUCUUCACGAAUUUGACUUCAGCCCCCCCCCCAGAUGUCAUCUCAGGGCUCCCUACCAUGGUCUAUAUUUUGCAGAUAGGAUUAAUCGGUUUCAUAUAUACAUAGGCAAAAACAUUUUGCCAGAACAGGUUGCACAAGCGUGUGGUUUCUGUGCAGUCAUGGGAGCCAUUUCUCAGAUUUUGGCUAAUCACAUGUGUCGGGAAGCCAGGGUUUUGCCGUUACCUGUUACACCACAUGACGACUUACAUUCACACAUCACAGUAAGCCGCGAACAAGCAAAAUGUGGCCAUGCCUGAUUCCCAGCUACUGCUGCUUCACCACUCCGCUUGCGUGAGCAGAAGAAACAAACCGCAGACCUUGGCUUGGCAUGUUUUCCAAACCCAGAACCAUGGUUUGUUCCUGCAAACCAUGGUCCCAGCUUCAGGUGGCACAAUAAGCCAGGUUUGUGUUGUUCCCACAUGCGCCAGUUGAGGAGCAGUCAAGAAACACACACACAGACAGCGACUGCUCAUUCAUGAUCCAGCUCUGAUUUAUGGGUUACUGUGAAGUACAGAAACAGCCAGUGCUGUCUGGCAAUCUCUUCUUGUCUGUGGAUAUAAACAAGUGUCUAUGAACGUAUCUGCACCACAGGUAUUUAAUGCCCAUAACCUUCUUCCUGGGGACUCUUGGGUACUGUUUUGUGAUGGGGGAUUCUGUGACAGAUCAGACGAUGCUCCUCAGGAUUCCUUUGAGGAAAGCUAUGACACUUUAAUCAGCUCCAUACCAAUUAACUAUGAUGUAUAGAAAUGCCCCAGCUCACGUCUGCAAAAUAUAACAUGACGAGGUGUCCCUAAAUGUAAGUAUUAUGUCUCAAAAGCUCUGGAAUCUUAUGUUUUUGGGGCCCUGACCAAGACACUCUUGCUGUGGUAAGCAGUGUUUAGGAAAACUAAUUUAAUUUACAGCUAAGUGAAUCUAAGAGGACAAGCCACCAUUUAUUUUCUGUCAGAAUUUUACUGGAUGUUUUAUUACUUGUUAUAUUUUAUAUUAAAAAAGUUUUUUUUUCUGUGGAGAUGAAAUAUAUAUAUAUAUAUAUAUAAAUUCAUAAAUAGCCAUAGAACAAAAUGUUCUGUAAGUUGCAUGUUUGCUAUGACAAAGAUUUUGUAAAUAUGCAGAUCAGCUUAUAAUGUUUUCUUACAAAAGGAUUUUCUAGAAAUCAGCUGGGAAAAGUAGCAACCAUCUUAACUUUUGGACAGUUUUAAUAUGGCACAUUUAAAAAUUGAACCAUCUUUUUAAAAUACCUCUCA